AUGUUGAUUAUAAUAGCCCUAUGCCCUGAUGGCUAUGACGAUGGGGAGAAGAAGUCUGCGUAUAACUUUUUGGUGGAACAGCAGCAUAGCGGAGCCGCAGCAAUACAGCUUCUUUCCCCUAUUUCUCCUCUGCUAUCCUGCAUCCUCUUUUUCUACUGCUGUCGCCGUCAUCGCCAUCUGUCGUCUUCGUCUUCCUCUCGUUUUCUAUAUCUCUUCUUGCAUCUUGGUCGCCUUUCCCCGAGAAUCGCCCAAUCGGGUAAUCAACUGCAGCUUCAACUUUUCCUUUUCGAGCCUUUUCGACUUUACCUUAAAUACUUUAUUUCGACGACCUUCAUCAACUUCAUCAACUUCAUCAACGACAUCGCCAUCGCCAUCGCCGCCGUCUCUAUCUACUCCCCUGAAAAACAUCACCUCGUCCCCUCCGCCCGGCCGUCCAUAAAACCAGCCGCCAUCGUCCGCUCGCACCAGCCAGAGACAUCUCGCCUGUCCCGCCGCUGCUCUCCUCCUCGCCCUGCCGUCGCCUCGCCCAAUUCAUCGCCUUCUCUCCCGCUCGCUCGUCCUGCCGUUGUUGUUGCUGCUGUUGCUGCUGUUGCUGCUAUCCCCUGGCCCAGCCUUCCAGUAACCAUGACGACCUCCGUCAAGUUCGAGAAGGAUACCGUCCGCACUGCCGGCACCGCCGCUACCAAGGCCAGCGAGGACCUCGUUCAUGCGGUCGGUGAACGGCUGACUGGCGGCAAGUCUCAGAAUGGCUACCUCGCCGCAUACCUCAAGGAGCUCCAGUCGAACCCGCUGCGAACCAAGAUGAUCACCUCUGGUGCUCUCUUCGGCAUCCAGGAACUGCUCGCCUCGUGGAUUGCGCAUGACCGCAGCAAGCAUGGCCACUACCUCAACUCCCGCAUCCCCAAGAUGUCACUCUACGGCGCCUUCAUCAGCGCGCCGCUCGGCCACCUGCUCGUCGGCAUCCUACAGAAGAUCUUUGCCGGACGCACCAGCCUCAAGGCAAAGGUCCUCCAGAUCCUCGUCAGCAACCUCGUUGUCUCUCCCAUCCAGAACGUGAUCUAUCUCACCUCAAUGGCCAUCAUUGCAGGCGCCCGAACCUUCCAUCAGGUCCGCGCCACCGUCAAGGCCGGCUUCAUGCCCGUCAUGAAGGUCAGCUGGAUCGUCUCGCCGCUCUCCCUGGCCUUUGCCCAGCAGUUCCUCCCAGAACACACCUGGGUCCCCUUCUUCAACGUUAUCGGUUUCAUUAUCGGAACCUACAUCAACGCUCACACCAAGAAGAAGAGACUGGAAGCUCUCAAGCGCAAGGUUUGUGUCUCUCUUCCCAGCUUACAUACCACAUCAUACUGA